AAUUUCUAUUGGUCUGGAUGAAUAAAUCUUUUAGAUAUUAUGGGGCGGAGGUAUUAUAUGUUUUCUCUUAUAAAUUUGCUUGUUUGAAGCAGUAUUCAUUAUCAAUGUUUGCUUUGGGGAAGGAAGACAAAAAUUAAGGUUUAUUAAUCAUGAAGAAGGUGAUUGCAAUUCUUUUUCUUCUUGGAUUGGCAUGUUUGCACCUUCAAGUUGAUGGUGGAAGGCUUGGUCUUGAGCAAAUUAGAUCAGAAAAUAUUGAUAAUCAGCUUCAGUCCAAUGCUCCAGUUGCUUCAACUGAUAUUAAUUCAAAUGAUGAACAUGGGAAAUCAAGCUCUUAUGGGAAUAUUCCAGUGAGAGUAUCAGCACCAGUAGUUGAAGAAGAUAAUGAUAAUUCAAGUAGCAGCAGGUGGGAUAGUGAUGAUGAGACAAACAGCAGCUAUGGGAAUUAUGGCAAUCCUUCUGGAUCAUCAACAGAGACUCAUCAUGUUUAUUCAAGCGAUUGCAAUCCUAAGAAAGGUUGUUGAUUCAUUGUAGUUUGCAGAACUGUAAAUAAAUAAAGAAAGAAAAAGUGGAAGGGUAACUAAUGUGUGCUCCAUAGUCCAUGCUGCUAAGUUAAAAAUCUUUGAGGUAUCUGGCAAAUAGCCUUCCAUUUCUAGCCUUUCAGUCACAAUUUUUCAAGAUCAAGAACAUCCUUCCCUUUGUGCUGCU